AUGAACCGCACGUCGGUCGAAUCGAUCCAAACUGUGGAUUCUCUUGCCCGCGCCUUGUACCGUCGCGCGCGUCUGUCUGGUCCAGACUUCUCCGACAUUGCAACCGUGGUUCGAUCGUUGCAUACAUGCCUCAAGCAUCUGCGCGUCGAGGCAGAAGACCCGGACAGUUUGCUGAACACGACGCAGCAGGAACACAGCGUUUACGCACGCCAACUCGGUCCCAUUGUUGAGGACUGCGAUUUCACUUUGAAGCAGCUGGAUACUGUCCUAGAAAAGUAUGGCGGAAGCAGCGCCGACACCCCAUCCGAGGAGGGUCCGCACCGGGACGGAUACAUCGUCGGCACUGCGGAUAGCCGCGAGAAAGACAUGAUCGCUCUGAUCAGAACCAAGCUUGCCAACCAAAAGACAAACAUCGACAUUUUCCUGGAUACCGUUCAACUGCACAACCCAGCCAAGGCGAGGCAGCAGUUUGUGGACAACCCUCAGAGCCAACAGCUAGAUUCUAUCAAGGAUAAGGUCGAUGCCAUAGCUACCCGGCUUGCGCGUCGCCGAGUUGCCCACAUGAGCGCUGGCGAAAUGGAAGAAGAGGAACUGUGGCAACAGUUUUCCACCGAGCUUGAACGAGAAGGUUUCUCGAGCCAAGUUUUGAUGCGAAACAAGGAGGUUCUUCGAGCUUACAUCCGGGAAAUGGACUCGAACGGGCUCUUGGAUCAAGACCACCCGCCCUCAGUUCGAGGUCUUUUGCCUGCCGCGGAAGGACCGAAUUCUAGAGGACCACCCAUGUCAAUCACGCCUUAUCCAUCUGAUAAUCGCAACGACAUGAGUCCCAAGGAAGUCAUCUCACCUCCGAUGACUGCCAACGAGAAGUUCUUACCAUCAGUCAAACUCAAUCGGGGCCCUCCUGACUAUGAUUCUGUGCAUGGUUCUCAGAAUGAACAUAGUCCCGAAAACGCCCAUGGCGGCUUUUCAAAUCAGAUCUCGCCAAGAUCUCGGGCUUACUCUCAACCCCAACCGCUAAAGCCUCAGAGUGCACUGCCGUCCCAGACUACAUAUGCACCCCCUUACCCCCAUGACUCUCUGCAAUCUCCUUCUCCCUAUGGCAACCCUGGCCAUCAACGGGUCGAUUCUCAGCAGAACCAAGCUCCCAUUUCGUAUAACCCCCCUCUUCCGCCCAAGAUACCACAUCGUCAGGACUCAGGAUCAGAUUUCGGUGCUUCAGACUCAGAUUCGACCUGCAGUGACUCGAACAACUCGUUGGCUCUGAUUUCGACGCGGGAUCUGAUGCAGCUUGACCAUCGCAUGCAAGCGAUUCAUCUUGGCCCUUCGCAGCCUUCUCAUCUUUUCUUUUCACCUGGAACUUCACCAAAUGGUCCUGGGGGUCGAUACUUGCCUGCUCCUCCCGCAGGGGAUCAAUUACCGCCUGGUGUCCCAGGUAGCCCCUCAAGCCUCCCACCAUACAGCAGUCCAACAUCGUCGGUUGCAUUAGCUGCUAAGCCGCCGCUGCCGGCGUACGGAAGCUCCCCCAUUCAGGUGCCCGCCGUUCAUCACCUACAGCAGGAGCAUCAGCAGCAACAACAACGACAGUUCUCGCGGCUCCAGCCCGAUAGCCAUGGUAACGAAAUUCCCCUCGAGGCCACAUGGACGAAGAUUCGACGCACGCUCGUUAGCCCUGAAGUGCUUGACAGAGCUGGCGUCCGCUAUGAAGCUCGCCCCGACUUUGUCGCAAUUCUUGGGGUUCUUUCGCGUGAACAAAUUGCACAUUUUGCCCGCCAGAGUGACGAGGUUCGCCGAGCAAGAUAUGGUGGUCAAAAAUAUGCACCCCCUCGUUUCACACGCGGUGGAAGCAGUGGUACACGUGACAACAGUGUACGGCACAACAACCGGGACGAAAAGUGGAGGUCUGGUUCGACGAGCGAAUCCGAUGAUGUUUUGUGGGACACCGACUCUUCGUCGUCUGACGAAGGAUCCCGCGAACGAGAGCGUCGACCCUAUGGCGGCCGUCCCUAUCGUGAAACCCCAGAGAAGGAACGGCGCCGAGGGAGUGACGAAAUGGAGAAGAACACGAAUGAUGAGAUGACAGACGACAAGGGGACUAAAGUCUAUCCCUUCGUGCUACCUAUGGCAGCGGCUGCCGCAGCAAAGGGACUUGAUGGUAAAGCAACGCCAGCAAGCACAGUGCCGCCCAAGCCGAUACUGAAAAACAAGAAUGAAAAUCACGUCCGAUUUGACCGCGAGGGGCCUAUUGAGAUCUCACCCGAGGAUAUGUCCGCUGAUAAGAGACGCCGGGAACAGCAACGCCGGGAGCGUGAUCGCGAAUCCUCGAGGGAGCGUGACCGCGAUCGCGAUCGCGAUAGAGAUAGGGAUCGGGAUCGGGAUCGUGAGAGGCGGCGAAGAGACCGCGACCGAGAACGUGAACGAGACGGGGAUCGACGCGACUACUACUCUUACGGCUCUCGUCACAGCCACCACCGUUACUCAAGUUCAAUGGACAGUCGCCGUCAUGGGCACCACUAUCAAGGCGCUGAUCCCAGUCGUGAUAGAGAAUCUUCCCGCCGGGAGAAGAAAAAGGCCUGGGGCCAGACGCUGGGCGCCGCAGGCAUCGGCGGAGCCGCUGCUAGUCUGCUCAGCGUCCUCACUGAGGCGGCUACUGGAUUUUGA